UUCUGCGUCAACAAUUCUGUCAGUGAGCAGGAGGACAGUGGAAGUUAUGGACAAGUAACUCUCAUGUACUCUGGUUGCUUUUAGGGAAAAACACUGCUGUAUUUCUGCAUUCAGAAGACUGCAACUCAAGAAAGACCAAUGACUUAUGCAAAGAUGAAAGGGAUUGUUACUUUUUUUUCAGUUCUACUCAAAGGGAAGAAAGUUGCCUUCAGUGACUUUUUGCACAAAGUUGCUCACAGCAAGUUCUUCUGCCAGCACCCAGAAACUCAGAAACAUCUACGGCGAAAAAGCAAGUUGAAGACACAAAAGGCAGAGGAGGCAAUCUUGGGCUCAGUGAACACAGACUCCCCACAAGUGACACCUUCAGACUUUGAAUUCCUCAAAGUUAUUGGCAGUGGAACCUUUGGAAAGGUGCUGCUGGCAAGACACAGAAAACAAGGUGGACUCUAUGCAGUAAAAGUUUUGCAGAAGCAAAUGGUCAUCAAGAGGAAAGAGCAGAGGCAUGUUAUGGUUGAGAGGAGUGUGCUGCUAAAGGGACUAGGUAAUCCAUUCCUGGUGGGACUACAUUUUUCUUUCCAGACACCAAACGCACUGUAUUUUGUUCUGGACUAUGUAAACGGAGGAGAGCUUUUCUAUCACCUCCAAAGGGAGGGGUCAUUCCCAGAACCUAGAGCUGGUUUCUAUGCUGCAGAGCUGGCUGGUGCACUGGGUUACCUCCACUCUCUUCAGAUUGUUUACAGAGACCUCAAACCAGAAAACAUCUUGCUUGACAGUGAGGGCCAUGUGAUGCUGACAGACUUUGGUCUUUGUAAAGAAGGUGUGUCCGUUGGUGAGAUCAUGAACAAUACCUUCUGUGGCACUCAACAAUAUCUGGCUCCAGAGGUGUUACAAGGCCAACCGUACAGCUCUGCAGUGGAUUGGUGGGGGCUCGGCGUUGUGCUUUUUGAGAUGCUCACUGGAAUGCCUCCUUUCUACAGUCCAAGAAAAGUGGAGAUGUUCGAAAACAUCCUUCACGCUCCUCUGCAGCUGCCUAGUGGAGUUUCUGGAGCUGCUCACUCACUCCUGGCGGGUUUGUUGGACAGAGACAUUUCCAAACGUCUUGGAGAGAAGCGUGACUUCGAGGAAAUCCAGGAACAUAAUUUCUUUGCUUUCAUCAACUGGGAUGACCUUCUUGCCAGAAAAGUUAUACCGCCAUUCAUUCCAAACGUGACUGGUCCAGGCGAUGUCAGCUACAUUGACCCCGAGUUCACACUACAGCCCGUUCCUGCCUCUGUGACUGACAGGUGUCAGGCAGUCUGUGCCAGCGAGGCCUUCCCUGGAUUCUCCUUCAUCAACUCAGCAGACUGUGUGGCAACAAACCCGGUUUUAUAGCAGCCUCAAAUUGUUUGCAUGUUUGUUAGCAACUUUAUUUUCAUUUGUUGUAUACCAAUAUAUGUAUUUUUAUUUUUCUAGCUCAAAAUUUUUUUUAACUACAUGGCUUUGUAUUGCAUAUUUGUUUGGUUUCACCUUUGAUAACUGGAUAAUCCAGCAAAUUCCUUUAAUUGGAGCAUCAUCCACUAAACCAAACUGUUAAUUUUUUUAUCAAUGUUAAUUUAUUUUUCUUACAUUUUUGGAUUUGUAUUAAAAACACAGUAUAAAAUAAAAUACCCAUUUCAUCUAUACAUUCACAGCUUACUAAACGUUGAAAGACGUUUACCUUGAUACUGCAUAGUGACAGAAGACGUGCAUUGCAAGCAAGAACACUACAGGAUGCCAUUCUACUGAAAACCAUUAAACACAAACUGCAGCUGGCCUUGACA